AUGCAAUUCGGCCAGGGCGGGGGCGGGGCCGUCAGCGUGUGCAUGCCCGUCCGGUCCGGCCAAGAGUCCCCGCGGCUGCACCUCGGCAGCGUCCGUGUCGACUUCAUGGACACGCAUCCAGCAUACUGCACGGUAAACAAGUUUGCCUUCUGCUACGCCAAGUGCGAGGUUCUCCAGCGGAUGACGUCAAAGAUGCUGCGAGGCACUGCCGCCGUCGCCCUAGAGGCGGCGUGCUCAGAAACCGAAACGGGCGCGCAGCUGAUACUGGUCGUCUGCAAUGGAAUCGUCGUCGGCAGCGUCGGUGGAGAGACGGCUGCGACGCUCGCCGGCGCGAUUGCCGCGGGCGAGCUCGAUCUCGUGGGCGGCAACAGGGCACCCUCGUGGAGCGAGGCCGACUUUGACGUGUUUCUCCUCGGCCACCGCAGAGCGGGCGCCGCGUGCGAGUGGGCGGAGCGGCUGAGCGCGCGCUGCGAUGGCUUCGAGGCGCACGUCGCAAUGGCGCCGAAGAAGAAGCCUGCACACGGCCGCAAGGCCAAGGGCGUCAUGCAAGGCGCUCAUCGUCCUCCAAAGGAGGUCUCUGGUGCAGCCGGCUCGCGCGGUCCGUCUGAGCCCUCGUCACGAUCGGAAGCACCACAAUACGAGGCUGUCGGCGGCGAGUGGGUGGUGUGCCAAAAGCAGACGCGCAGUCAGCGAGCUGAAGCCGCUCAAAAGGCCUCUCGCGCGUCUACCGUCCAAAAGGCGCGGCUGCCCGCCGCAGCCGCCGCCUCCAAGGCUGGGCAGACCGCCUCCGCUUGCGUUCGCCAACCCGGCUACGGCAAAGGUCGGUCACCCGCGACCGCCACAGGCGCCAGGACGGCGCAGCGGCCUCGCCUUGAGGACUCGCAGCUGACUAGCGCCGCUGGCGUCGCGACGGGUAGCCUCAGCGUGCAGCUGGCGGAGGCUGCGGCCGCAGACGCACUCGAGGCCCUCGAGACCGGUGUGCAGACUAGGCAAUCUGCGUUGGCGAGGUCGCAGCUGCUGCGAGCGCAGCGGGCGGAGAUUGAGACUGCGCUCGCCAAUCUGCGCGAGCUCUGGCAGGAGAAGGAGCGCGACAUGCUGCGCCUGCUCUCCAACCCGCAGGCUGCGUGGGGCACAGAUGCCGUCUGGCAGCUGUCCAUGGCCGAGUUUGCCUUGGAGACCAUGGACGAGAACGCCGUCGCACUCAAGCCUCGCCGGCUAGGAAU